CAACACUUCUAUGUCUCAUUCAGCGCCAUAACGAAUAGUCACCACAGUGUGCCCUCUAGAACAGUGCCAGUCACAAUGCAUCCACAUACAGUACCACCUGCAGUGCCAAAAGGUUCCAAAAAAAGGCCCAGACAGGAUAAUUCUAUGGAAAUUCCGUUUGAAUUUGGGGAAUGCAGGUUAAGAAGCAUGAAAGAAGAAGAUGGCUCUACAUCCAAGAAAACCAUGGCAAUUGCAGAUUAUGACAGCGAUGAAACAGUGGUGGGUGAUUCCACUCCUGGCAGUGAUGAUGAAGAAGAUGAGUUAUGUCUCAAAAGGAUGUUUCCAAAGGUUGAUGUCCCUCCCACAUCCGGUGUUAGUGUAUGUCCUAAAAAGAUAAGGGUUGGUCACCUUCCCCAUUCUUGUCGUUCCCGCGGCUGCAGUCCGGUGACUCAUUUUCCUCGUGAAGUUCCAACAGUGUGUCUCGGUGAGCAGUCUCCGGAAAUACAUGUUAUUCCUAAAUUAGACCCUGCUGCACUCAUAGAAAGUGUGAAAACUGCAACAAGACAGGAGUCUGAAACUUUAUCAGAGGAGGAGGCUUCGCAAUCCCUUUUAAGGAAUUGGGAAAGAAAGUUGAAGUCAGGAGUUCCACCUCUUAAAGAAGAUUGUUCCUGUCAGCCACCCAUGGAUGAUACUGGUUUAUGUGAAGACUCACAGCAAUUAUUUGAUUCUUUGGAAGAAGAGAAUUGCAGUGUAAUUGAAUCUCAGGAGGCUCAAAGUCUGCUGCCUGCCAUAAUAGAUGUCUCCUAUCCAGAAAAACAGACUGUAUUAGUGGAUAAAGUAUGUAUGCACAAUGAAGAUCUUAAUGUGAGCAAAACAAAUAAAGAUGGAAGCUUUCCUGAUGAUAUGGUCAUUGGCGAGUUGCUCCAGGUAUCAAGUGAAUCUGACAGCUUUGCAGAUAUGAUAGAUGACCUGUCAUUUCUUGAAAUGUCUGAAGAUGGCAGUGGUGAGCUGAAUGCUAUGGUGUUAGCUGCAAUAAAUUCCAUGCAAAAUCCACAAGCACAGGCAGCCAGAGAUGGACCUAAUACCGAGAGGUAUCACGGACAAGUGAAUUUUGACUUCAACAGUGACCACACACAGAUACCUGACUCUCUAUGUACAGAUGAGAGUGGUGAAUAUAAAAAACUAGAAAAUGGACUCUACAUGCAGAAGACUGAUAAGAUGCAGACUUGCCGUACAGCUAAAUCUAAGGAGGCUCAGAGUUUGCUGCCUGCCAUGUUAGCAAUAGAUAUCUCCUAUCCAGAAAAAGAGACCGUGUUAGUGGAAAAUGUUGAAGUAUGUGUGCAAAAUGAAGACCUUAAUAAUAUACUGGAAGAAAACUUUGUGGCUGAGGAAAGAAACAUAGAUCCACCUUUCCUGUUUAAAAAUGUCAGCUGUAUUCCCAGUAUUUGUAGCCAUCUUGCUAAUGGGGAAGAAAAAUCAGUCAUACAGAAAUCACCUCAAGACUUCAAAAAGGAGUUAUUCCUUACAAAAAGGGACUGUAAAAAUGUCAGCUGGAAUGAUGCUUCAUGUUCACAAGCUAGCAUGUCUCCACUUGAACAAAUAAAGCCAGCUAGUGAGGUUUCCAAAACUGCUGUGUGUAAUAAAGGGGUUAGGAAAAGCCCGAUCAUUUCCAACAAGGUAAGCCAUCUAAAAGAAAGUAUCACUAGCCAACCCCAAGAGAAUGUACAGGAAAAAAAGAGCACAGAAAAUACUAAAGAUACUGAAAUUACUGUGAGGAAAUCAGCUAGACUUCAGAAUAAAAGAGGGAGAUUUGGUAAACGAAAUUGCUCAAUAGAUACAGCACAUAGGAUUGAAGGCAGCAAAAAAUACAACAGCACACCUCCUGUCCUGUUUGAAAGUACUCCGUUAAAUGGUACAGAAUCUGUUCAAUAUUUUACAGCCUCCAAAACCAUUAGAAAAAUACACAAAAGAGACUUCAUGGGUGAAACCCUGCUACAUAAGGCAUGUAGAAAAAGUGAUCUGGAACAAGUAAAUUGUCUAAUUGAAGCUGGAAUAAAUGUGAAUCAGAAGGACAAUGCAGGCUGGGCAGCAAUACAUGAAGCUUCCUGCAAUGGGAACACUGAAGUAAUCCUGGCCCUCAUACAAGCUGGUGCUAACAUCAACAGCAAAGGACUUGAUGGCAUAACACCUUUACAUGAUGCAGUUUACUGUAAUCAUUUUGAGGUAGUUGAGAUUCUGCUGCAACUUGGUGCAAAUCCAUGUGAAACAGAUGACAAUAUGAAAAAUGCCUUUGACAAAUGUUGCAGUGAUAAGAUGGCAGAAAUCUUAGCAUCACACAAAAACGCAACAGAAAAUCGAACUGCUAAUAAGAACGAACCACACCUUAAUAUGACGCCUAACCUGGCAACAUGUACUUAUUCAUGCAGAACUGGAAAUACCUAUAGUGUGAAAAUCCUGGACACUUUGCAAGAUAUAGAGAGCAAACAGAAAAAAUUGCUGUCCACAGAGUUAGACGCUUUGGAAGAUGCAGAAACAUGUAUUGAAGAACUUAAUGCAAUACAAAAUGCAAUUAAUAACACAGUAAAUCUGCAGAAAAUUAAGAGAGAUGCCCUUGCAAAAAAAUACAGAGCGUCUGCAGAUUGCUUCAAGCAAGGAAUAUUACGAGACAAGAUAUCUAAGAUGGCAUCCAAUCAGAAGACAUUGCUGCAAGUAGUCCGUACUCAAAAAGAAGUGACUCAGAAAAUAGUAGCACAUCAACAGGCCAGAAGAUCAGAUGGUAAUAAUGGAGAGACAAGCUCAAUUAUGCAUUAUUGUGAUACAUCUCCUGGAAGGAAUCAGAUAUCUGCUUUAUGUGCAGUUAAGGAAUGGCUUGAAUCCAAAACUGCUAAUGCAAGUACCAUGACAAUGAAAAUACCAGCAGUGCCAGACACCGAAAGCAACCAAUCUCAACCAAUAAGCAGAACUGCAGAGCAUCCAACCUUCUUGCCGAUAUCUGAAGCUCAACACAAUGCAAAUCUUCCAUCAAAACAAAUACCAAUGAGACUAGAAAAUGGUCCAUUAAACUGUGAUUCAUGUUCCAGCAUUGCCCCAGUAGAAUCACAUGACAGAAUGAAUGAUCAUUUACAAUUUACAUUACCAAAAAGCAAAUCUCUUAAUUCAUUUCCUGUAGGCAUCGCUUUAGAUACUGUGGAAAAGAGGAACAUUUCUGUUAAAAAGAUUAGCCAUCAAACACUAGGUGAAACAGAUCACACUGCUGAUACUGAUCAACAGUGGCAAAAAUCUUACUAUGAAAAAGCAGUUCAACAGGCAGAUGAUGAUUUUCCUGUCUUGCACGAUAUAUCUGAAUAUUCGAUGCCUCAACAGAAGGCAAUAGGGAAAACAAAUAAUGUAUUGAACAAGAAUGCUCAUCAAAACAAUAUUCGCAAGCCGGCAUCUAAAAAAGAACAAAAACAUUUAGAAACAGAAAAAAAGAAGAAAACAUUUACACUGCAAAAGCUAAUGAAACUGGGAAAAAUAAAACCAGGAGUGGAUGUACUAAACUUUCAACUACAGGACUACAGCUGUAAAGCCACACUGCUUAGUGAUGGGCAAGUAACAGAUUGUUCUGGGAAAGUCUUCCGGGAUCCAGUUCAGUGGGUCAGGGUUCUUCUAGGAAACAACAUUUCAGUGACAUGGAAAUAUGUAGCUGAUAAGGUCACAUAUAUUGGAAAAAAACUGUCUAGUUUUAAACAGGAGGACAUUGUAUCAAAGACAAUAGGAGAGCAUGAAUCAGAGAAAAAAAGAGCUGUUUUACCAAGUCACCACCCUCUAGGGCCUACAGUGCUGCAAGUGAAUGAAAUAUUGCUGGUUGAUAAAAGUGAAUUCUUUCCAAGCCAUACAAUGGAUAAGCUAUGGGAAGAAUUUAUGAACAGUAAUGAGGACAGUGAGGAUCUUUGAAGACAUAUUUCAACAACAUUUUAUUCUCAUUUAUGUGUUAUCUCUCUGUUCCAUCUUUUAUGUUAUUUCAUAACCUAGAUAUACCAUGAUAGUUUAAAGUGUUAUUGACUGAGAAUAUGUUGCGAUAACAAUAGAGUGUCAUGUCAUUUAAGUAAUUCUCUUAUCAGUUAUCAGAGCCAUAGCGCUGUGUUUUUGUAUUAUUCACAUAAUGUUUCAGGCUUCUGGUUUUGGGGUCCUCCCAACUCUUCUUAUGGCAAACGUUGGUGAGAUAAGAGUCAGGGAUGUUGGAUUCAUUAUACCUGAUUCUUCUGUUCUGAAGAGAAAUAAGCUGCCACCAGAGGAGUCUGGCAACAGCUUACAACACAAAGGUUGCCCAAGGCGGGGAAAGGGUACACAACAAUUCAAUAACCAAACCCCAGUCACCAAGUCACCUAGGUGACGGGGUAUAAAACCCCUAAACAGAAAAAUCCCCCCUCUAAUUUUAUGUAAUAUUAAAACUUCUAUUAUUAAAUAAUACUGAAAGGUCCUAUAUAAAGUGCACUAAAAGAUAUAGCACAGUCCCUCAAUGAUAUUAUGCUCUCCUAUACGGAGUUGAGAAUAUUAUGUCACCAGCGUCUGCAGUACGCUGCGCAUGAGGGAAACUGGGCUGUUUACUUAAAAUUUCACAAACACAAUUUCUCCCCUACAUGUUUCGUGGUAACACCCAUGCCCUCAGGGGUUAAGAGACCUAUGGCAACAGCUUACUCACCACAUGCAUGCUUGACCGAGCUGAGUGUGCCCUACUAUGAGUUGGAGAGAGAGUUAAGCCAGCAGUUUUGUAUGGUCAACCUUAGUAUGGUCAACCUUGUGCCAUAAAUUAGCAGCUAUGUGUAAAUCUAUAAUAGUGUAAACUGUUUUUAGUUGUCACUUUUUUGCGGACUUUGCUCACAAAUGUGGUGUUCAGUGUGGGGCGCGUUAUUGUUGCAUCUUUUUCGUGUAAAUAUAUGUUUCUGUCAGCACGUCAAGUGUUAAAAUGGCAUAUUGCAUCAAAUGUUUGCAUAUUUCCCACAUAAUCUUGUGUGAUUAUUUACUUUUCCAACCUAAUCUCUUCGGGGAGAAUUUAUCAAUGUUUACACCAGAAAACUGCCAUUAAAAAUGU